AUGAGUUUGUUGUUAAAGCGUCGCUCGCGUAGCGAGACGCGCACACAGCCCCCAAUGUCAACAAAUUCAAUGGAGUCCCCAACAACAACAAUAACAGGAACAAAAACCGCGGCAUUGAAGGGUGAAAGACCACGACGGGGACGUGCCCGUGAGCCAGCACAACCAUUACAAUUGGAGGAGGACGACCAACAAUUGGGACUGCAACGCGGCAGUGAACAGCAUUUACACAAAUUGGGGGCUCUCCACCAACGGCAAGGGGAGCUGAGCCACAGCUUGGGUAUGGGGCGUCGCAGGACAUCCGCAGAGCUGAUCAACGAGGCUAAACUAUUUCUGGGCGAUGUUGGUACUCUGUCCAAUGCCUCCAUGGGAGGGGCUCGUUUGGUCAACACCCGACGUCCGAUUACACCCCGGGAGCCUGGACGCGUUCUAUAUGGCAAGGUGGCAAUGGCCGGUCGACCACCCAGCGCCUUUUCCAUGCGUUAUCUGCAGAACGAGUCCAACAAGCCGCUAACGCCCCGUCAAUUACCGGCACUACAUGGAAACGUACAGCAGCAACAGUUGCCGCCACCCACUCGUAAUGGCGCCCUCCUUUCCCAGUCAACUACAGAGACGCUAAUUGAGUUGCUGAAACAGCAUGCGGGUCUCAAAGAGUGCAGCGAAGAGACAGUGAAGCAUAUUAAUGCGAUACUCCAAGAACUAUACAAUCGUGUGCGUAAACAGGAACGAAAUUUUAAGCGUGGCUUCAUCCUGGGCGGUCUCUAUGGUCUUGUCGAGUGCACAGCACCUCGCGUGCUACUAGCGGUGGCACGCGUUGUCUUAGCGCUACGUGUAACAGGAAGCAAUUUGACAGGGGCAUGCAAGCUCAUCUUUAAGGUGGCGCGUCAUGAACAGAACGACAGUUUGUUCCAUGAGAACGAUCUCCUUGAAUUGCUGAUCGAUGGAUUGGGCCAUGCCAGUCCGCUGGAUGAGCCCGAGGCCUGUAUCUAUGCCUAUGGCUCGAUACGUUUUCUCACCGCCAGCACGGCACAAGAGCGCGAUGAUGCAUUGAAUCGCAAUUGGUCUGGCGGUGCUGGCGGCGGUUUGGACGAACCUUUGCCACCGCGCAAUACGCACCCUGAACUUGCAGGGCCACUUCUGGACAGUAUUGUGCAUCAGGCGGCUCGACAUCACAAACUGAGUCGUCAGCAGACAUUGGUGGAGCGUUUGGCGCAUAAUGGCGCUCUUGAAUUGAUGAUCUUGCAUUUACAAAUGCUGAACGAGGCUGGAGCUACGCGGCGCCUUACUGGCCCGCCCUUACACACCCUCUAUCAAUUGUCGGCAGCACUGCGGGCAUUGGCGGGUGUGGAGCAAAAACGAGCCGAAGAUGUUGUAGGCCCAACAGCCUCCCGUCAUAUGCAAUUGGAAUUGGCUUGUCCCCAUUUAAUACGAGCCGCUGAGAUCUCUAUGGGAGAGCUGGAGGUUCAGGCGAAUGUAGUGCGCACCCUUAGCGUGCUCUCUGAGGAUGUGGAUUGCUGUGAGACUCUUCUCAAUUAUGCGGCACGCAUUGGCAUGCUGUUGGGUCCUUGUGCGGAUACGGCCACAAAGGCGGGCAAUUCAUCUAGCCAGACUAAUGAGCGUGCUCUCGCUGUUCUAAGUCGAUUGGGCUAUAUAUUGGGCAACAUUUUGGCCAAAUAUGAGAGCGCACGUGUGCAGUACUACCACAAUGAUGUAGCUAUGGAGUAUUUGCUGAAUGUGCUAGACACGCUCACCAAAACGCCUCCCAUGGAGAAUGAGACGCUGCUCGAUGUUCAAAUCAAGCUCAUUCGUGUAGUGGCCAACAUGAGCGUUAAUUCUGAGGUCGGUUUCGGUUUGGGAAACACGCGCUGUUUGGGCGCCGUGCUGCUGAAGCUACUUAAUGACACGGUCACAGCUCUCGACUCAACCAAGCCAGCCAAAAAGCAGGAGUUGCUCCACGCCACGCUCGGCGCUUUGCACAAUUUGUGCUUCUAUCAGGACAAGCACAAUGCACCGCCCGCCCAAGUGCUGGAGACAGUGGGCUCACUACAAAGCAUCAUUCCCGAGCUGGCCAACACUCUUUGCACCGCACUGUGUCAGUGUCAGCUGGAAGCGAGCAAAGUGGAGUUGGCCCGGGUCUUGGGGAAUCUCACACGCAACGAGCAGGCACGUCGAUGCUUCUGCGCUGCCGGGGGCUUGCCACUGAUCAUGCAACAGCUGACACGGAACUCAGCUGGACAAGAUUAUGAGUUGAAGACCUGUGCCAUUGGUGUGCUCGUCAAUUUGCUGGGAGAUAGUGAACAGCGUGCACCGUUUCUGCAGUUGCGCGGCGCUGACGUACUGGAGUUGCUGCUGCGUGGUGCGCUAGAACAGGAGGAUUGGUUCCUGGCAACGAUUGUGUGUCAGGCGAUGUGGAAUCUUCUUAUCGAUGCACAAUGCGCUGCAGUUUUAUGUCGCAACGGGAACACGUUAGACGAGGUAUGUGAUCUGCUCGCAGACUACUUAGAUGAGGAGCGCGGUAUGGGAACGGGCAGUGAUUUGGAUGCUCUGUCGACUUCAAGCCGAAAUUUGGAGCUGGGAAUGGAGGAAGUCGAUGAAACGCCCGAUGCUUUGUGGGAGGAUUUUGCAAUAGUGGCCACAGAUUUGCUUGAACGCAUACAAAAUAACUUCGAUAAACAAACGGAGUUGGACGAAAGGCAAAGCGCCACAGCUGCUGAUAACGGAGAGGAGGUGGAGGAAAACGAUGAAGAGGAUGUUUUCAUUGAGGAGAUGUAAUAGAUGAAAUUGUUUUUUCUAAUCAACUGCUUAAGGCGUAGCUUUGUCAUAUUAUAUUAAUAAGAAUAGCAACAUAAUCCAAUGAUACUGAUGAAUAAAUCCAACAGCCAAUAGCCGAUAUAGAGUCAA